AGAAACUUAAUGGCACUUGGCAUGUUGAGAGCUGAUUGCUGCUUUGAGUUAAACUUUCAGAUGGGAAGUCAAUAAUCUCAGCAGAACUUUCUGUCUCCAAAGUGUGGCUGCCGCAGAAGCCAGAUAGUAGAUACUACUCCAUUUAAGCCUGAUCAGACUCUUAAAGCCAGAUACAGAACAAUGGCAGUGACAACGAGAUUGACAUGGAAUGAGGAAAAAGGUCUGCAAAGGCUGCUUGGAAAUGUCUCCUUGAGUCUUCUUUAUAAGUCUAGUGUCCAUGGAUGUAGCAUUAAAGACAUGCUGGAAAGGUGCACUUUGCAGGGAUCCACUGUGACGGUGAUUUACCUUGACAAGAUUAUUAUUGGGGCUUUUAUACUUGGGCAUUACCCGCAAGAGGACAGAGACUUUGAAAAGCAAACUUCUUCUUUCCAUUUUUUAUUUAAAAAGAAUACAACUGAGAUAACAACUGCAUUUUUAAACACAGCACCAAAAAUUACUUCUGAAGAACUGACAUUUUAUUCCUCCGGUUAUAACAAAAUUUUCUCCUUAACUCCACACAAAUGCCACUUUUUUCUUGCUACAUUGUUAGCAAAAAUAUUAAAAGUAAGACCCGGUGUUUUUGGCUAUUUGGAAUGUGAAGUUUUUAGAGUUGAAGGAAUUAAGGAUGAUGGAGGCUACAUAAGAAGGAUAACAGGAGCCACAGAGCGCAGAAGUACGCUCCUAGCAGAACUCAGAAAUUAUAAACCUUAUGCAGACUUGGUUUCAGAAAUUCAUAUUCUCUUACUGGGUCCAGUUGGGUCUGGAAAGUCCAGUUUUAUCAAUUCAGUGAAGUCUGUUUUCCGAGGCCACAUGACUCGCCAAGCCGCGGUGGGGUCUGAUAUCACCAGCAUUACUGAACUGUAUAGGAUAUAUUCUAUUAAAGAUGGAAAAGACGGCACAUCUCUGCCAUUUAUGCUGUGUGACACCAUGGGGCUGGAUGAGAAAGAGGGAGUAGGAUUGUGCGUAGAUGACAUACCCCACAUCCUAAAAGGCUGCAUGCCAGACAGAUAUCACUUUAAUCCCCAGAAACCAAUUACAUCCAGGCAUCCUAACUUCACCUCUCCAUCACUGGGGGACAGGAUUCACUGCGUGGCUUAUGUUUUAGAUAUCAACUGCAUCAACAAUCUCACCUCUGAAAUGGUGGUAAAAUUAAAACAAGUUAAAGAAGAAGUAUUAAACUCCGGUGUAGCACAGGUAGCCUUGCUUACUAAAGUGGAAAAUUACCAUGAAGUUCUUCAGGACAACUUUUUAAACAUGAAAAAAUCUGUGACUUCUCAAAGCCAGAUAAUGGAAGUCCAAAAAAUACUUAACAUUCCUAUUUAUAAUAUUUUGCUGGUCGACAAUUAUGCUUCAGACUGGGAGCCAGACCCUUUAAAGGACAUUCUGAUCCUCUCUGUGCUGAAGCAGAUGUUACAGGCUGUAGAUGACUACUUAGAGGAUUUGCCUCCUCAGAGAACAGAUGAAGUUGCAAGAGUGUCCCAGCUGAGCAUAUGUGAUUAGUUGCCUUGACUCUGUCACUUGGCCCAAGCCUGGAUCGACCCAUCUCACUUAGAGCUGAUCUCUGCUGACAGCCUCCUUGGGUCUCUGCUUUCAUCUACUUUUUUGCCUUUUGUCCCUGACAGCAUCUAACUGAUGGUUCAUUCUCAAGCUCAAAGGCCAACUCUGAGCAGUGUGGGGCCAGGAUAUCUCUACUGCAAACCACCCAUCAUAUUGCUGUACCAUUUGCAAUUUAAUUUGUGUGACAUGUUCCUAAAUCUCCCUAGCAAAAUGAACUAUUCCCUUAUCUAUUCAUCUAUAAUAUUUUGUUUAAAACUGUAUGUGAGUAGUAAUCAUAUUAGACAAUAAUUAUACAAUUAUUACAUAGAUAUCAGUUUCUCUAAAUAGACUGAAUUCUUUAAGAAGCCAGGUUAGGAUUGUACUUACCUUUGUAUUCACAGAACUUAACAUAGGGUCUAGCAGGAAGCAAGCAUACCUGUCAUUAUGCAUCCCUUUCAACCUCCCCAGAGUGAUAACAUGUAUUUAAAAUUCUUCUCCUUGUAAAAGGGAAGACUAGGAAAGAAUGAAAUGCUGGAGAGAAGAGAUGGAAAUAAAGGGAGGAGAAUGUUUCACUUAUUUCUGAAUAAAAAUAUGAAUUUAAUUGAAAAGAGCAAAUAUUUCUGAAGGACUUGUUUUC